UUCUGGACUGUACGAGUCACAUGAUGAGGAAGUGCAACCAAGUGAUACAAGAUGGGCCGCACCUGUAGAGAAAACAACUAAUGGAUUGAAGUGGUUGCCGUGACAGCCUUGUCUGUGCAGGCAUAAAGAUAUAAAGACUGAGCUCCUCACUAAGCAAUACGCAUGGCCGACGACUGCCCUCAAUACCGGAGCCACCUCGCCGUCAAGCUGGAGCUCCAGAAACACACAGCCCUCGGUAACACCAUGGCAGAAAUAGAGUCAACCAGCCAUGAUCAAUAUCUAAAAGACAUGGAGGACGAGCUCACCUGCAGCAUUUGCCUCUCUCUCUUCCAAUGCCCGGUGACGAUUUCAUGCGGACACAACUUCUGUCAAGACUGUCUUACCUCCAGCUGGAAGGAGAGUUAUGACUGCCCUCAAUGUCGGGCCCACUUCCCCACCAGGCCAGAGCUCAAGAAGAACACGGUACUCAGUACUGUAGUGGAAAAGUUCAGAACCCGCUCCAGUAUGACCGAGUUCGGGCUCGAGAGGAAGGAAGAGGAAGCCGUCAAAAAGCCCAUUGUGAUGUGCGAUACGUGUAUGGCCUCCGAGGCGGACAAGACCUGCCUCACCUGCAUGGCGUCGUUCUGCCUCGAGCACGUUCGGCCCCACCACGACAACCCAAACUACCGCGCGCACCAGCUCAGAGAGCCGCUCGCGGACAUGAGCGAGCGCGUCUGCCCCGACCACCACAAGCUGAUGGAGUUCUUCUGCGUCCAACACAGCCGCUGUAUCUGCAGCUUCUGCCUGCAGCAGGUCCACAAGGGAUGCGCCUUCUCGACUCCCAAUGAACAAAAGGCUCUGAAAGAGUCUGAUUUGAAAUCCAAAUUGUUGUCGCUGGAUUCAAAGAUUGAAAAGACCGAGGCUGCCAUUUUCCAGGUGACAGUGGAAAAGAACAAGUUAAAGGAAUCUGUGACCAGCAGGAAGAAGAUCCUGGAGGCAGAGUACCAGCAGAUCCGAGAGAUGCUGGACAAAGAGGAGCGUGAAGCCAUGAACACAGUGGACCGCAAGCUGCAGAGUGGAGAGGACAAGUACAAUAAGGUCACAAAGAGGUUCUCCCAGAAUAUCCAGGAGAUGGACAAUGCCAAACGCGGCAUCAGCGAUCUUCUGAGUCAGUCAGCCACCCUAGCCUUUCUGCAGGAUUCUUCAGUGGACCUGCCUUCUGUUGUCAAUGCUGAGUGCAAGACUCCUCUGGUGAAUUUGGACACCACAGACGUGAUUGGCGCCCAGACGUUCAUCGUUGUCUUCAAGAAUUAUCUGUGUGACCUGUUGAAACAACCUGUUGCGAAGAGACUAACGAUACUGAAACCAGAAUUCAAUAAUGGAAUAUUUGCUACUGAGCCACCCCAGGUACCCGAACCUUCCCAAAACCAUGUUAGGUCUUCCAGCCGCGCGAGGUCCCGUGGUCCAGGUCCGUUGAUGUAUGAGCCAUUCCCGAGUCCUGGGCUAAUCCCGGGUCCCGUGACCUUCUAUGGUCAACCAGGUGUCUACCCCGGUCCGGGGCCCAACCAGUUUCCACCAGGUGUCUACCGUGGUCCAGGGCCCAACCAGUUUCCACCAGGUGUCUACCGUGGUCCAGCAGCCUUCGCGGUUCCAAGGUUCCCAGGACCCAGGGGCAGACAACCGCGGAAACCGGCGCAGGGUAAAAAAGAAAAGGGUGAGACGAAGAUGAAGGAAUCCCGCUCUGUGGAGAACCUUCUGAAUGUAAACAAGAGAGAUCAAUCCAGAGGCCGGACACCUGAACAGAAACCAACAGAGGAUCAAGAAACUUUGAACGUCCCGCCCAGCAUUACCUCCCCCGUAGACAGACACGAGCUUCUCCAAUACGCCACGGUGCUCACCUUGGAUCCAAAGACGGCCCACAGACGUGUGAAGCUGAGCGACGACCUGACCGAGGCCUCAGUGAUGGACGUGCCAGCGAACUACCCCGACGGCCCCGCUCGGUUCUCAGUCUGCUCCCAGGUGCUGGCCUCCAAGGGUUUCUCCAGAGGGCGCCACUACUGGGAAGUGCAGAUGAGCAGCAACAACUUUGUGGGCAUAGGGCUGUCUUACAAAAGCAUGGAUCGCAAAGGCCCCACCAGUCGCUUGGGCCGUAACGACCAGUCCUGGUGCGUGGAAUGGUUCACCCUGAAGCUGUCCGCCUGGCACGCCAACAGCGAGACGGUGCUGGAGAGUCUCAGUGCAGACCGCAUUGGCGUGCUGGUGGAUUGUGAAGAGGGAACGGCCACGUUUUACAGCAUUGGUGAGAAGGCGAAUCCCUUCCACACUUUUGUGUUUCCUUUCACCCAAGCCGUGUAUCCGGCUUUCUGGAUCUUCUCCAACACCUCUUCCAUCGCCUUGUGCAAGCUGUCUGAAGUUUCGUUCCUCUUACGACAGCGCAACACUGCAUUCAACAUGGCCGAGUCGGAAGAAAUAAGCAAUUUUCGAUAUCUAAAAGACUUGGAGGACGAGCUCACCUGCAGCAUUUGCCUCUGUCCCUUCCAAGUGCCGGUCACGAUUCCUUGCGGACACAAUUUCUGUCAGGACUGUCUGGUCGCCACCUGGAAGGAGAGUUAUGACUGCCCUCAAUGUCGGGCCCACUUCCCCACCAGGCCAGAGCUCAAGAAGAACACGGUACUCAGUACUGUGGUGGAAACGUUCAAAACCCGCUCCAGUAAGACCGAGUUCGGGCUCGAGAGGAAGGAGGAGGAAGCCGUCAAAAAGCCCAUCGUGAUGUGCGAUACGUGUAUGUCCUCCGAGGCGGACAAGACCUGCCUCACCUGCAUGGCGUCGUUCUGCCUCGAGCACGUUCGGCCCCACCUCGACAACCCGAACUACCGCGCGCACCAGCUCAGAGAGCCGCUCGCGGACAUGAGCGAGCGCGUCUGCCCCGACCACCACAAGCUGAUGGAGUUCUUUUGCGUCCAACACAGCCGCUGCAUCUGCAGCUUCUGCCUGCAGCAGGUCCACAAGGGAUGCGCCUUCUCGACUCCCGAUGAACAAAAGGCUCUGAAAGAGUCUGACUGCAAGUCCAAGUUGGUGUUGCUGGAUUCAAAGAUUGAAAACACACAGACGACCAUCUCCCAGAUGACUGAGGCACAGAGAAAGUUAAAGGAAUCUGUGAUCAACAGGAAGAAGAUGCUGGAGGCCGAGUACCAGCAGAUCCGAGAGAUGCUGCACAAAGAGGAGCGUGAAGCCAUGAACGCAGUGGACCGCCAGCUGCAGAGUGGGGAGGCCAAGUACACCAACGUCAUAAAGAGGCUCGUCCAGAAUAUCCAGCAGAUGGACACUGCCAAAGACACCGUCAGCGAUGUUCUGAGUCAGUCAGACACCCUGGCCUUUCUGCAGUCUUCAGUAGAGCUGCCUUCAGUGGUAAGUUUCGAGUGCAUCCCACCUCGGGUGACCCUGGACUCGAAGGACGUGAUUGGCGCCCAGACCUUCGUUGUCGUCUUCAAGGAUUUUCUAUGUGAACUGUUGAAAAAACCAGUGGAGACCAGAGCAGCGAUGCUCAAACCAGGAGCCGUGCCAAAGGCAUCUUCCAAAAGCUCCAGCCCCGGGCCGUCCCAGGCUGCAAGGCCCUCGAUGGAUCCAAGUUUGUUUUUCGACCUUGGGAAUCUCGAGAAAAUGGGGAUAUUCCUGCCCAAGGGUACAGGACCUCAGCCACCCAAAAAGAAACCAAAUGAAAAGAAGGUGAAGGCGGCAGCAUCCAUGGAGAACCUCUUGGAUUUUUCUACGGGUGCUCAAUCCAAAGGCUGCAAACCUGAACAGAAAUCAACAGAGGAUCCAGAAACUUCUAGCAUCCCGCCCAGCCUUACCUCCUGCGUAACCAGACACGAUCUUCUCAAAUACGCCACGGUGCUCACCUUUGAUCGGAAGACGGCCCACAGACGGGUGAAGCUGAGCGAGAACCUGACCGAGGCCUCAGUGAUGGACGAGCCAGCGAACUACCCCGACGGCCCCGCGCGGUUCUCAGUCUGCUCCCAGGUGCUGGCCUCCAAGGGUUUCUCCAGAGGGCGCCACUACUGGGAAGUGAAGAUGAGCAGUAACAACUAUGUGGCCAUAGGGCUGUCUUACAAGAGCAUGGAUCGCAAAGGUCCCACCAGUCGCUUGGGCCGCAACGACCAGUCCUGGUGCGUGGAGUGGUUGACCCUGAAGCUGUCCGCCUGGCAUGACAACAGCGAGACGGUGCUGGCGAGCCUCAGUUCGAAGCGCGUAGGCGUGCUGGUGGAUUGUGAUGAGGGAACGGCCACGUUUUACAGCAUCGCUGGCGCGGUGAAUCCCUUCUACACGUUUAGCAUUCCUUUCGUCCAAGCCGUGUACCCGGCCUUCUGGAUCUUCUCCAACAACUCUUCCCUCGCCUUGUGCAAGCUGUCUGGCUGAAAGGCUUUUAUUCAUUGGUUUUCUUGACAUGGAAGUUAAAUGUCAUUUGUCUUGGUUUUUCCCUACUGGAGGAAUUAUUUUUUUGGAACAUGUACCUGGUGUUUGUUUAAUAAUGAUAAUCGUUGAUAAAUGAUGUUCGUUAGAAUUAAUCAAGGUUAUGAGAGCAUCUGUUCGUUCAUUUUAUGAAGCAAAGCGAUGACACAGUUUAUGCAUAUGAAAAUAUUUAUGAGAAUGUUUUCAAUUUCAAUCGACCUCGCGUACAUUCUGUUCGAGUAUCAAUGACAAUCACAAGUGGUGGGAGCUUCAACUUUCUUUUCAGGGUUAAUAAUUGAGUGUUCAAAUAAUCUUGUGAAUAAAAGUUAAAUUAAGUUUCAAAUUUAAA